ACGAGAAAAGGGCACUCGGGCAUAUAUGACGUAACGUCAAAAACUUCGGGAAAAGGAGAGCGGCUAAUGACAGCGAUUUUUUCGUCUCCAUACUUGUUUCGGUGUGCGAGAUUAAUAAAGUAUCGGCUGUAUAUGAAAUUUUUGAGGAAAUGGACGAAUUCGAGGAAUUAAACGGAUUGUUUGAAUCAUUUGGAGUACCUGCCGAGCAGAGUCCUACAUCCACAGAGGUUGAUAUUCUUGAUGAUCUGAGCCAGGAGUUUGAAAUCAGUGACAGUGACGAAGAACAGUCUGACACAGAACAGGUAGUGAAUGCAAGGAUUGAAGAAGUGGUAAGAAAUUAUGAAACUGUAAAUACCAGGGAAUCAGACUCAGACAGAGACACUGAUGACGCAUCAUGUAACAGAGCCAGUAAUAUUUGUUCGUGUAAAGUUGAUUGCCUUCUCCAGUUUGACAAAGCUAGUGUUGACAGUCAUAUACUCUCUAUGAGAGAGAUUGACAGAAAUGAAGCAGAGAUGUUCAUUACUGGGAGUGUACAUCAAAUUGCUACUGACGAAACUCUUAAAGGGAAACGCCGGAAACGGACUCGAUUUAGAUACACUUUUCAUGGUAAACCUAUCUGCAAGAAGGCAUUCAUGUAUGUCAAUGAUAUCGGAUCAAAAGCUUUCCGAAACCUUCUUGAUCAUUUUACAACCAAUGGCGCAAUACCACGUUCCCACGGUAACAGUGGAAGAAAACCACACCAUGCCCUCGGUUACAAUGAGAUACGGUUUUGUGUAGACUGGAUUGUAUGGUAUGCAGAUAUCAAUGGCUUACCUAUGCCAGCAGCACCCAGGGGCCGUGACGGGGAAGCCCCUAUUCUUCUCCCGUCGAACCUAACAAAAGUUUCUCUACACAGUCAAUAUUGUCAGGCAUGUGAGGAGACAGAUGUACGGAAGCUUGGAGUGUCAUCAUUUAAAAAUGUAUGGAAAAAUUGCAUUCCACACAUUAAGAUAAUGUCACCAAAAGAUGACGUGUGCCAUAAGUGUGAGCAGUUGCGACAUAAUGUUAUGGAUGCUGUGACGGAGCAAGCAAAACUUGAUGCAGCAAAUUGUCUUAGAGAUCAUGUGCAGGAUGCUCAAACAGAACGUCAGGCGUACAUGACAGCGGUAAUUCAAGCGAGAGAAGAGAUGGUAGGUUACACCCGACCGACAAUACCCGUCGCACCAUUUUCCCAAGAGUUCAGUAAGGUCCAUAUCACUUUUGACUACAGUCAGAGUGUGACAAUCCCUCAUCACAGCCGACAGAUGGGACCCAUGUACUUUGUGACAGGCAGAAAAAUAAAUAUGUUCGGUGUCCGCAUUGACUCUACAAGUGAGCAGUUCAACUACUUAAUAGAUGAAGAUCAGUCUAUAGGUUUAGAUGGAACUGGGACACAUGGACCGAAUUCAGUAUUAAGCAUGCUCCAUCAUUGUUUACAGAAUUACGGAUUUGGCGAGAAAGGACUUUAUCUACAUGCAGAUAAUUGCGGAGGUCAAAAUAAGAAUCGAUACACACUGGCGUAUCUUUGUUGGAGAGUAAACAGAGGGUUACAUGAACACAUUCAAUUGAAUAUGGCUAUUCCCGGGCAUACAAAGUGUCUUGUUGAUGGUGGCUUCGGGCGAAUAAAAAAGCUAUUCAAGAGGUCUGAUUGUGAGAGUCUGAGUCAAUUUGCAGACAUUGUGGAUAAAUCGGCAAGGAACAAUUUCCCUAUUUUAUAUCGAAAUGAAAACGGUGAUCAGACAUGGAAAUGGCUUAAACAUUAUAAGAAUCAUUCGUAUUUGACCCGAUUUUUCCUACAAGUGAAAGGCAUACAGAAAUAUUACUGCUUCAGAUUUUCUGCUGCAGACAAGUCGGCUGUGUUUGUUAAGGAAAGAUCAGAUAGGGAGGAAGUUCGGGUUCCGCUGAUUAGACGUAAUACUGACGUUCCAACAACAACAUUUCCCGAGGUCGUACAGCCCGCAGGAUUAAGUCGUACACGUCGCGAAUACUUAUACCGUAACGUUAGAAAAUAUGUGCGUCCUGCAUACCAA